AUGGACCGUCUCGACUUCGUCCACGCGCUGUUCGUAAGAGCUCUUGGAGACAGGCUUUACCUCGCGCCUCUUGAAACGGAGAAGAUCCAAAAGAUUCUGGAUAUCGGAACUGGGACCGGUAUUUGGGCUAUGGAAAUCGGUGACAUUUUCCCGAACGCCGAGGUGAUUGGCAACGACCUCAGCGCUAUCCAACCCGAGUGGGUUUCACCCAAUGUCAAGUUCGAAAUCGACGACGUCGAAAGCCCAUGGAUCGACGACAGAAAGUACGACUACAUCAUGUGUCGCUGCAUGGCUGCUUGUCUCGCAGAUUGGCCGAAGCUCAUGCAAAACAUUUACGAGUGUGACGAUGGAACUCUCACGGAAGAGCACUAUUUCCGUCAGUGGAACAAGACCCUUGUUGAAGCAAUUGCCUCAAUUGGGCGCGAGCCCUCGCCUGGUCCUAAGCUCGAGGGAUGGGUCCGUAACACUGGGUUCCAAAGGAUCAACCAUUCAAAGGUCAAGAUCCCAUUGGCACCUUGGCCAAAAGAUCCCUUUUACAAGGCCCUGGGGACAAUGAACUUGACGCAAGUUCUAGAUGGUCUUGAGGGGUUCACGAUAAGGGUAUUCUGCGGAGUCCUUGGACAAACGCAGGAAGAGGCACAAGUCAUGAUGGCCGCGGUGCGCAAUGAGCUCAAGAAGCUCCACUCUUUUCACUCACAGUUUGACUUCCACAUUGUCUAUGCGCAGAAGCCUCUGGAAGAGGAUGAAUGA